CAUUCGUCAUUGUCAAUUUUUUGUGAAUACAUAGCGGUGCCCGUGCUGAAAAUUCACAAAAAAUCGUCUAAAAUUACCUAAAUUGACAAUAUAAAACAUCAAAAACUGUGUCUACAUAAUAUUUACCUUCAUUCCUGUUUAGUGCAAAGUCUUUUUACCGCGGGAAAAGCAGCUAUACCCUACAGCCAUGGACCAGCUACUGCAGCAGGUUGCCUCCAACAUGGAGAAGCAGCUGGACAGUGAGAUCGAGAGGUUGGAGACUAUGGACUCGAGCGACCUGGAGGCUAUCAGGCAGCAGCGGAUCGCAGAGAUGAAGAAACGCGCCAAAGCCAAGCAGGAGUGGCUAGCUAAUGGUCACGGCGAGUACACAGAGAUAGACGGCGAGAAGGAGUUCUUCACCGUGUGCAAUAAGAGCGAGCACGUGGUGGUGCACUUCUACAAGAGCGACAGUCCGCGCUGCAAGAUCGUGGACAUGCACCUCAAGGUGCUGGCCAAGAAACACGUCGAGACGCGCUUCGUCAAGCUCGACGUGGAGCGGGCGCCGUUUUUGAGCGGUCGUCUGAAGAUCCGCGUGAUCCCCACCAUAGGGCUGGUGAAGGAAAAUAAGACGAAAGACUUCAUCGUCGGGUUCACUGACCUCGGCAACCGGGACGACUUCUCCACUGAGAUGCUGGAGUGGAGGAUAGCCAGAUCAGACAUAAUAGAGUACUCAGGCGACCUCCUGGUCCCUCCUGAGGAGGCUCGCAAGGCGCGCAAACUGCAGAUUCAGAGCAAGAAGACUAUUCGAGGCACUCCCGACUCCGACUCAGAUUUAGAACUCAGUGAUUAGCAGCUCACGGUCCGUUAGUUAACAAUACAAUGUCAAUAGUUUUAUUAUAACUUUCGUGAGAUAUACUAAAUUAAUUAUUAUGUUUUCGGCUUACUCACGUAACUGUUUGACGAGGAACUCGACUAGUUUCAAGCCAUGCUAGAGACUCAUUCAUGAGCAGUAGCGCCCAUCGCGCCCUCUGCCUGGAAUCACGCGCAUUUACCGGCGCUCGACGAUAUUGGCACAUUAGACUCGUUCGCCGGCGGCUGCGUAGGUAUCGGGUUCGAUUCUCGCGUCGACACAAAGACGGUGGUACAUACCGCGCUCACUAUGUCUUGGAACUAGUCGAGUUCCUCGUCAAACAGUUACGUGAGUAAGUCGAUAACAUAAUAAUUAAUAGAUAUCAGGUUUAUAAUAUUUUAAACGGUAUACUAAAUUAUGCUUGUUACACAUCAACAGCCUAUAAGUGUCCACUGCUGACCAAAGGCCUCUUCUCACACGGAGAAGGAUUGAGCAUUAAUCACCACGCUUGCUCAAUACGGGUUGGCGAUUUCAAACUUAUAAUUAGAAAUUAUAAGCGUGGUAAAUUAUUAUGGCAAUGAAAUACACUGGUUUGUGUUGCCAUUAUGUUAACAUAAAAUUGAUUUAAAAUGUUUACAAAUCUCAUUCUUUUAAUUAUUAAGAUCGGGUUUUGUUUACCCUAGUGGGUAACUUUGAGCCAUAUUCUAUUACCAAUAGGAAUUUAGAACAAAGCUUAUAUUAGUUUUUCAUUGGUUUAAAAGUUUGGGUCAAAAUUACCCACUAUGGUCAAAAUGACCCGAUCUUGCAGUAUUCGUUCUAAAUUAUUGCACAAAAUUAUGUUUUUAACAAGUAAAACAUUCCUUUUGCAUACUUCUAAACAAAAUUCUGGUAUAAAAAUCCAUUUGUUAUAAAAUAUACAUUAAAAUGUCCUGUGUGAAUGGUGCUAAGCGAUUGUACAACUUAUUGUCUAGAGCAGAGAGUACAUAUUUGUUUGAGCGUUUGUGAGUAGUGUGACCAGACUUCAGUGACGGUAGUUUGGUAGUUUUCGCUAGUUGUGUUUGGGUUAUAUUUAUGUGUGUUCAAUGUACAAUACAAUGCAUUAUUAUUAUAAUAUUUUGAAUAAAUACACUUUUUUAACAA